ACCAUGGGAGGGAGUCGUCGCCUAGAAACCACCUGAACUGUUAACCUCCGUUUGGUCUUUAGCAAUAUUUGGGUAGCAACGGUGAAGUUGUCUAUCGGUAUGCGAGUCAGCAAUUUGACGAAAUUCCGCGAUAAACUACUUUGAAAAAUAUAUUUGUGGUAUUUGACGUCUGUAAAUAAGUAAAAAGUAACUAAAGUCAUAUCAUGGCUGGAAGUUGUGUUCGAGUGGACCCACCGUAUGUCGCGUUUAACGACGUGAAAGUCGGGCAGGUUUACAAGACAACAGUCACGGUAACGAAUAUUGGGAAAACCUCGAAGAAAAUAAGAAUUGAAAAGCCCAAGUUGAAGUUGUUCAAGUUCAAAGUUACCAGCCCAGCCAUGGUGGUGGCUCCUGGUCUGUCUGUAAGUGGCGUGCUGGCGUUCACUCCAGAGGAGGAAGAGGAGGUCACAGACUGUCUUCUGAUUCAUAUAGAUGCUGUGGAAACCAUCAAAAUCCCACUGCUGGUGUUUCCCAAGACUGGUUUCCUACUAAUGGACUCAGAACUAGACUUUGGCUGUGUUGCCGCCAGCAGUCAAGUGAUCAGCAGAUAUCAUCCUAUAAUCAAUCUGGGAUUAGCACCAGGUGUGUUCCAGGUGCAGUAUAAUGGAGACCCUUCAGUCAGACUCUCACCCCUCAAUGGAGUCAUAGCAGCUGGCAACACUCAGUGGCUGAAAAUUGAACUGCGCACAGACAGAUCCAGACAGAUUGAAGAGACGGCUCGUGUGACACUCCAGAAUUGCACUGCUGUAGUUCUCAGUAUCAGGGCUGAGGUGGUGGACCAGCGCCUUGAGGUCUUUGACCUGCAGGGAACUCCACUGUCCUGUCUGUGGUUUGGACCUGUCUACCUUGGGACGUCCCACGUGAAGAGUGUGGUCCUGAAAAACAAUGCACCCCGGGCAUGCGACUGGAUCUGCAUGCUUCAGGAUACUGCUGCUGGGACUGAGGUGGGAACAGACCUCCAGAAGAGCGCAGACGCCGCCCUGCUGGAGCGCAUGGAGAGGUGCAGCUCAGCCUCUCAGGACGUCUCUCAGAUCCUGGUGUGUGGCCCUAAACAAGGUCGACUGGGACCAUAUGACAAAACCAUUGUGGCAGUACGCUUUAGCCCCAUCUGCAAGAGUCCUGGCAAAGGGAAGAAGCGUGAUUGCCCAGCCAGCCGGCAAGACUAUUGUCUUUUCCUGCUCUUUGAAUCAGUGGGAAGCAAACACGGCUUCACUCACCAUAAUGGUAAGAGCAGUGUGGAGCUGGCGGUGACUGGCUCUGGUCUGCCUGUGUCUCUGGUGCCCAGUCCCUCUCAAAGAUUCGAUUUCCUCACCUGUGUGACAGGCCAACGUGUGGAUCUACUGUGUGUGCUGCAGAACUUCUGCCCUCAGCUUCCUGUCAACUUCCACUUCCGCAAGUUAGCGAAUUUCACCACAGAGCCCUCCACGGGCACCAUAGCCCCUGGCCAGUGCCAGGAUGUAGUUUUGUCUUUCACUGCACGGCAGCAAGGGAGCUUCCAAGUGCGUCAGGUGCUAGAUGUCUUAGGUUAUGUUGUUUGCCAGAGGGAUGACAACACCACUGAGAAUGUUACUGGGCUUGAACUUCGCAGCUUCCACACCAUCACUCUACACCUGUCUGCUGUCUGCCGCAGUGAGACUACACACCCUGUGCCAAAACUAAAUCCUGGCAUCACUCCAGCAGUGACCAAUCCAACUGGAUUACAGCCUCACAUUAGGUCCAGUGAGCUGGCUUGCUGCCGUGGAAUGGCACGUGCCGCUGUCCUCAGCGCUGACAAGACACAACUCCACAUACAUCGCAGGGGGAGGAGUCGAAACAUAGAGGGAGAAGAGUUUCUGGCCUUUCCUAAUGACCGAGCCACUAGCAUCAGGCCAGCCUCUCCACAUAGGCAAUACAGGACCAUCUUUACUGGUGUACACCGGUAUCGCUAUGUGGACACCAACUAUGCUUUAACUGAGGAGGAGGAGGAGCAGAGACAGAGACAUCGACAGGUUUACGCUGACUUCAUCAAGCAGCUCAGACAAACACGCCUGCAGAGGAUCAAGGAGAGACAGCAAGAAAACGUGGAGGACGAUGUGGAUAUUGGGAUUGUUCCUUCUCAAGGGCUUGUCCCCCCGAAGCACCACAUUGCCGACGUAGAGACCAGUAAGAUCUCAGAGAGGAGGCCAAACUACAGCAACUGCAGCCUGUUGCACAAGCUGUGCGUCUCAGAGGUAAUGAAUGCAGUUCCCUCUACCAGCCAGGAGGUGGCAGACUGCAACCGGACUCUGACAGCUCAGGAGCUCAACGAAAUUAUCAUAGGCCCAUUGUCAGUGGACUUCGGCGAGGUGUGUGUGCAGUCAGUGUGUGUUGAGAAGCUGGAGGUGAUUAAUCAUCUGUCAGUGUUCAUCUGGGUGCAGUUUGAAGUGGACUGCCCUGAGCUGCAGGGCUCCUCACCCCUCUCCCAUGUCCUGCCACCCUACUCCCACAACACCCUACCCCUGACGUUUCAAGGCAACAAGCUGGGUCACUUCUACAGACCUGUGUCCUACUCUGUGAACCAGAAGCACCCUGGUCAGAUACUGGUCCAGGCCCAGGUUGUCCCUGUUGCUCUGGAACUCUCCAUCACCCAGCUGGUGCUCCGCCCCACCUCCACCCUGCUUGCCGCAUCAGGAUAUAGGAGCUCAGUUACUCUUCGAAACCAGCGUAACCACCCAGCUGAAUUCACAUGGGAACCACUAGUCACAGAGAGUGGUAUCCUGUUCUCUAUUCGACCAGCUAAAGGUACAGUGGAGCCAUACAGUGAAUUGGACUGUGAGGUAGUGUGGCACCCCUCCUUCACCUCCCCUCCAGAAGGAGACUUUGACCUCUGUGUCCUCGAGGGCAACACACAACGCCUGCACUGUGUUGCAAAGGUCGGAUCCACCAGUGUACAGCUGGCAGAGAAACAAGUGAUAUUUGGAUCAGUGCCUCUCAACAUGCCCUCUGUCAGGACUGCAGUCUUACACAACACUGGACUGAACCAUGCCUACUAUCAGGUACUAGAUGUCUGUCCGCUGCCAGGAAUGGUGGUGAGUCCAUCUGAUGGUGUGGUGCCCAGCGGGGGGCAGGCUGUGGUCAAGAUCCACUUCAACCCCGACUCUGUCAUCAAGUUUGACACCAGAGUCAAGAUAGCUCUGAGGAACAUGAAGUCCAUUGAGCUCAGAGUAGGCGGAUCGGUAGAGCCUCCAAAUGUAGACAUCAGUGUGUCCCAUUUCCAAUUCAACGAGGUCCAUGCUGGUUCUCGGAGAGUUAUACCAUUCUCUCUGACAAACUGUUCGUCAGCUGCAGCCCAGGUCACCUUCGACCUGUCAGAAUACACAGACUUCUCUCUCCAGCUCCCUCAGCCCUUACCAAAGAAGGAGCCAGGUGUGAGUGUUGUGGAGGUCCAGGGCCACCAGACAGUGGACUGUUCCCUUGUCUUCUCACCCACUCAGGUGGCCAGCUAUGACUUUGACCUGCCGCUGAUGAUCAACGGACUGAGAUGGCCCAUUGCUUCUCCUUCUCCUUUCCCCUCUCCAUCUUCCUCUUCCACUUCCUCCUCACUGUUAGACGGCAGCAGGAAGCACAUUGUCAAAUCAUUCUGUCCCCAUUCUGUCACCAUGGCAACGCAACGGUCACAACACAUACAGGCCACAGUGCUGUGUGGCCCACUGGAAAUGUCCCCCUCCAGCCUACACUUCCAUUUGGAAGCUUUCCCACAGUCUGACACUGAGGUGUCAACAAAGACAGUUGAGCUGAAAGCUGUGUGUGAAGAGAACGUGUGUUGGCGUGGUGUCCUCGGGGAGAGUGUGUACUGGUGGUUUGACCCCAGUGCCACAGCGGUACCAAAAAGCGACAGACGAGAGGCGGGGCUAUGUAUGGUGUCUCCAUCAUCAGGGAGUCUGGGGCCUGGCCAGUCCAUCUGCUUGGCAGUCAGCAUCAGGCCUGAGGCUAUCACAACAGUGGGCCGUGUGACCAGUCUGUCCCUCCCUCUUUACCUGGGAGAGGGAGAGGGAGAGGAGGGACAUCAACCCUACCGGGAGUUAUCCAUCACCAUUACCCUCCAGCUGUCCCAUAUCAUCAUCCACCCCCCUCAAAUCCUACUUAGCCCAGCACCCCUGAAAAGCAAUGCAAUGGCCCCACUCACCCUGCUGGUUUUAGGAUAUCCUAGUGGAACCAAGGUAUCAGCUGAAGUGGAUGAGGUGGAACUGGAGGAUGGGACAAAGAUACAACCAAUCUCUGUCAUCUUUCCAGAGGGUAACACCAUCCCUGCUCACGACCAGAGACAUCCAGUAGGUAUCCAGAACCAGGGAGCCAGUGUGACCUCUCUGAUCUGCAAUGUGUCUUUCUGUUCUGCCGUCCCUCUGUCCCUCUGCACAACCAUCACCUUCACUGACCACCUCCACAACAGGUUUAAGGUUGAGUUAUGUGCUGUCGCUGACAACUGUCUGUUGACUGUCUGGCCCUACUUGGCUCUUCACCGCUCUGAGCAACAGAUUGUUCUCAAGACCGGGGCCACAGCUGUUGAGGCAAUCCUUCAGCGCUAUCACACACCAAGUUCUGCCUCUGGCCAGACUUCAUCAUCCUCCUCAUUGUUUGAUCGCAACAGCUCAACAAACAAGAACUCAGCCUCAGACUCCUUUCCAGACAGUGAGAGUGUGAGCGGUCAGGCCAGCAUGGAUGAAGACGCCUCUAACAGAGACACCCCAACCAAUCUUGGUGUCCCAGAGUUCCCUGCUGCCAACUCAGAGGAAGGACUAUAUCACCAGAAUGUCUUACUGGCUGUGGAGAGGUGGUUUAGCCUCUUUGGCUGGCCGAGUGGACCACACCCUAUCUCUGUACCACACACGCUCAGAAGAGUUGUGUCAAAAAUUCAAACAAAUCAUUACAGUGGACGGACUUAUCGUGUCAGUCAAAGUAAAGACUCCAGGUCUGUAGUGGACAUGCUUCAUCACCUGACUGGCAAACAGAUUCCCAGUAUUCCUCGCUGUCAGACCUUUUCCAGUGAUAUAGACCGACGCACUAAUCAGCUGCUGCAACAGCAUGAAGCUAUGCUUGCUUUUCUCAGGGUGCAGGGAGCCUGUUUGUGUCACAUCAGACCAGAAUACUUGCUAGAUGUGCAGGAGUUCAACCACUGGUGCUCCCUGCAGGCAAACGAGGAAGAGCAUGGCCUGGACUACAGCAGUGUUGACUAUGAGUCUCUGAGCAAACGAUCAUGGACUGACGUGCUGCUACAAAUAUACAAGGUGUUGGUGUUGUGUCACGUGUCAGAGAACAGUCUCAACAUGACUCUGAGCCAGGAAGAUGGAAUCCUCCCAGUCGGCUCACAGCCGCUGGCCAGUAACAUCUACUCUCCCCAAGAACUCCAGUUGCUCUCGUGGCUCAACAUGCACUACCAGAGCAUGAGGAAGACUGUGUGGGGUACAGGUGGUGUUCCAUCAGCACGCUGGAUAGUGAAUUUUGACCUGGACUUGACAGAUGGACUGGUGCUUGCUGCUCUGCUUGCUGCCUACUGCCCUUACCUGAUCUGCAGCCACUUCCGGAGGAUGUACACCACAGCUACCACUCAGGAGCAGAUCCUCCACAACAACAUUAUAGUGGCCCAGGCCUUAAACACACUUUAUCUCAACAUAGAUGUACAGCCCACAGAUUUGUCAGAUCCCAACCCAGUGCAGAUGUUAAUGCUGUGUGUUCACUUGUAUGAGAGGCUGCCUCAGUAUCUGCCACUACACACCAUCACUCUAUCAGGAGGCCUCCACAGCACUUUCAGCAAGCAGGUGCGUUUGAAAAGCCCAUCUUCUAAGCCUGUCAAAUACCAGGCCUUCCUUUUAGGAGAGGAUGCCCAUUUCUUCUCCCUCCCUGAUGGUUCCACAGUCACCAUUCCUCCAAAGGAGAGCACUGAACUGACCGUCCAGUACAGCUGCUCCUUCCUGCAGCCCAUGGAGGCUGUCCUUCUGCUCAUCUCCAGCUCUGCUUCUUGCCUGCGUGCCUCCACUCUCACCUUCAGUCUGAAGACCCACGUCAGUCACAUCAUACCCACAAACACUGUCAAGUGCAAGUCUCCAUGCUAUGAGCUGAAAGUGAUCCAAGUGCCAAUAACUAACCCUUUCAAUAAAGAAGCAAAGUUCAGGGUGGUGCUGAUGGAGUCUACGUUCAACCCACUGGAGCCAGAAAAGAAAAAAGACAGCCUUCUUCAACAGGCCUCUUCCAAAGCCAAUAUAGAAAAUAUGACACCAGACAAGAGCUGUGUGGAGGAGAAGGAAGGGGAGUGCUCAAAUCCCAAUGGUGACGGCACUGAGUUUCUCAGUGCUGUGAGGAAUGUUUGUCUGAAGUCAGGCCAAGCAGACACACUGAACAUCCACUACCUGCCCUUCUGCCCAGGCAGCAAGUACUGUUCUGUCCUGCUAGUUUGCCCACAGGUGGGCGAUACAGUCUAUUUGGUGAAGGCCACGGCAGAAUUGCCUCCUCCUUCCCCUCUCACUGCCAGGCCGAGUUCAAACAUAGUUCCCAUCCUCAACAACUCGGAGUCAAAUAGUUGUGUAUCAGUACUGUGCCUACGCUGCAAGGUAGGACAGGUGUGUGAGGAGGUGAUGCGUGUGCCCCUGAUCAAUAUGGCCUGGGAGCAAGCUCUGGCCAUCUGUGGUCAGCACAUCAUGAGUGCUGAUGAACAUAGGAGACGGAUGCUGACACACACUUUGCAUAGCAGCACUGUGAGGGCAACCACAGCAGUACUCAAACAGCAGGCCCAAUGGAGAAAUGUUGACCACAGUAAAGGGGUAGAGUACAGCGUGGAGGUUUCUUUGCCACAGUACUUCACUUUACCCAAUACUGUUACAAUACCUAUAGAAGAAGACACCAAGAUACCCUGGGAGAAUCCUGCAGAUUGUGGCUGUGUGGACAUCCCUUUACGGUUCCAGGCAGACUCAGUGGGGCAAUUUACAUGUCAAGUUGUCCUGAGUUCCUGGUGUGAUACUAGGGUCUACCUGCUAGAGGCGUUGGUUACUUCACAGGGAGGAUCUGUCCACUUGGACUUCAGUUCACCAGCUCACCAUUCAGUCACGCAAGACAUACCACUGUGCAAUGAGACCAACCAAGACUGGAAAAUCCAGGCUGAGGUGUGUGGUGAAGGAUUCCACGGCCCAAAGGAUUUCACUGUACCAGCAGGGACAAAAGCUUGCUACCCACUCACCUUUCACCCUUCUGUACAAUGCAUUGUCACGGGAAAGCUGUACUUACAUAAUGACUGCGACGGUACUGAGCACGUGUUUACCCUCAGAGGAGUGGGAGAGCACCCCCUGCCUGUGGAUCAUGUGGUAUUACACUGCCCUGUAGGGAAGACUACACACACACAGCUUGAUGUCCCCAACUACAGCCAGAACAAACUCUCUCUCAAGGUGGUGACAGACUUAUCUGUUGUGCGUGGCACACCCUCCCUGGAGAUUAAGCCCGGUCAUAACGCUCCAUACACCCUGGCUGUGUCACCAUGGAGACGAGGAAAACAGACAGGCUGCCUGUCAUUUGUGGAAAUUGAUGACAUGCAAGAAGCAGAUAAGGACAAAGAAAAUGUACUUGGACGCUACGAGGUAUAUUUCUCUCUCGAGAUAAUUUGUGAGCAGGCAGCAGCCAUCAAGGUCAUAGAUGUACAAUGUGCUGCUCAGAGCUCAGUUGCCAUAGAGAUCCCUGUCAAUAACCCACAAGGAAAGCCAUUGAUGCUGGAUGUGUACCUGGAAGGAGACGGCCUAAGUGGAGCAAACUGGGUUUCAAUUCCCCCACAGGAGACUCUCACUUACAAAGCCGUGUUCUCUCCUGGUAGAGCAGGAAAGAGUACAGGCAGCGUGGUGUUCCAGUCAGAGCUGGUGGGGGAGUUCUGGUAUCAACUGGAGCUUUAUGCUCUCCCUCCUCCAGUCAUCACACUUCCACAGGCCUGCUGUCAGCUGGGCAAAUGGACCAGACAGACCAUUCCCCUGGUUAACCCGACUGCUGAGACUCUGGAGCUUAUUGUGGCUAACAGUAACCACAGAAACUACACACUGGAAAUGGAUACAUUAAGUACUCUUACUGUGGAGCCCCACUCCUCCGCCCAGCUUGGCAUUCGCUUUAGUCCUUCAUCCAUCGGAGAGGGGAACCACACGGCAAAGAUCACUUUCACAUGCCCCCAGUUGCAGGAAUGGUGUGUGUUGUUGAGUGGGUGUGGUCUUAAUCCAGAGAGCGAGGAGCCAGUGAGCAUCUCAUCCGCGAUUGGUUCCAAUGCCUCCAUCACCAUACCCUUCACAAACCCCACUGAGCUCCCAGCAGUGCUCAAUAUCACACUGACAGAUGAGGACCCGAGUGGGGCCCCAGUCUGCCAUCCAGUCACUACAGACAAGGAGGUCUUCUCUAUCCCUCUAAGCAAUACUAAAGAUAUACAGAUCAGUGAAGGGGCCGGUUUUGAUGUGCCUGUGGUGUUUGCGCCUAAUUCUAUGGAGCUACAACAGGCCUGGCUCUGCAUUGCUCUGACGCCCCUCAGCAGCCUGGGCAAUAACAAUCCCAUUACAGACAACAUGAGGUCAGCGCAGGAGCUGUCAACCAUCUGUUGGAUUUACCCCCUCCGUGGGAUUCCCAUGGAAGUGCCUGUUGAAAAUUCACCACUUGGCGUGUUUCAGUGUGAAGUGGGCUGCCAGCUGGAAAAGAAGGUCGAUGUACUGCUCACUGGAUGUGUGCCAGGGAAUCAAGGCCAGGAAGGACAGGAAGUUUCCCAGGUGACAGUGGAAGACUUCCUUUGCAAAGUGCGUUCAGACAUUAAAGCAGAGGACUGCUUUUCCGCCUCCAUGGAGACAGGGAGGAGGAACCCUGAGACUGGCAUCAUAACACUUACCGUUAAUCUCGUCUACACUCCCCUCAGGCCAUGCAGGUGCUCAACGGUCCUUGUGGUGCAAUAUGUGUCCGGCCAGAUAUGGGAGUUUCCUAUCACUCUCAUUGCUAUGGAGCCUCAGGUUGAUGACAUCAUCAUCACUGAAGCUACUGAGUUGGGCAAGACUUCAGCUGUGGGCUUCCGUCUGACCAGCACCACAAGGAGACCAGAGCUGUUCACAGCAGUGUUCCAAAAAGGCAGCAGCAGUGAGUUCACAGUGACUCCAGCCUCAGGGAUGUUACCUCCUGCUGGUUCCAGUGGAGCCCUCAUCACUGUGUCCUUCACACCCAACAUUAACAGCAAGAGACACAGAGCAAGACUAACCAUUCAGGCAGCAGACAUGCAGUGGAUCUACGAUGUGAGAGGGAAAACUCCUCAUGACUUUCCACCCCCCUGUACCACAUCCACCAAUGGCACCUCUUCUGUGCACCGUCCAGCCAGUGAAUGCCAGCAGAACUUUGUGACCCGGAACCUUCAGCUUCCUGCUUUGGCUAAUUCGUCCCCUCUCAAAGUCCGCAGAUAAAAACAUCCUGACUCUCUCAUACAGCUAAGGAUCUUCAUUUUUUAUAUUUGUUUAAUUUUCUUUUUGCCUGUUUUGCUGUUUUAACAGCAAGGUCACCCUCAAUGAAAUAUAUAUCCUUAUAUAUAAACUGUUAUUUGGACAGGCACAUUGCCACAUUGAGGGUGAUGGGUUUUACCAUUUGUCCUUUUUCCCUUGAAAACGGUUCAUUAGUCUUGUUAGCAUUUCUCAUCAGCAGUUGUAAUGAGCUAUUUUUCUGCCAGUACAAAGCUGGUUUUUGCCUACCUUGUGGCAAGUGAAGGAAAUUUAGCAUAAUGAAAUGGAAAUGAUGCUCAUUUUUAAAAACUUCUUUUGGCUUUUGACUUCAUUUGAAAUCCAUGUUCAUCACUGUUAAUGUAUCCAUUGUAAUUAACCUUGAAGGUAAUGUCUUAUUUUAACAACGAAAGUCAUUAUCAUAAAUAGCGUGUAGUGAAAUUGACUGAAAUAGUCCCUUUUGCAUAGAA